CGCAGCUCAUCCUCGAGGGCGGAGAGAGGUGGCAUUUGAGUCCUCCGGUAUCCCAGCAGGCAGUGCAGCCUAGAGACGCUGACAAAGGACCGGAGGAGCAGUGGCAGCUGCUUUCCGAGGAGCCGGUGUUGCCGAGAUUGCCAAAAUGCUUUGGAGUUUUUAACUAACUGACUUAAGAAAAGUCCCAACUAGAUUUGAGACUAUAAAACCGAAGCUGCAGCAAGGGCGAUUCAGUGCCAAUGCAUCAACAAAAAAGACAGCCAGAGUUAGUGGAAGGAAAUCUUCCUGUUUUUGUGUUUCCCACGGAGCUAAUAUUUUAUGCAGAUGACCAGUCAACACAUAAGCAAGUGUUGACUCUGUAUAAUCCCUAUGAGUUUGCCUUAAAGUUCAAAGUUUUGUGUACUACUCCAAAUAAGUAUGUUGUCGCUGAUUCUGCAGGUGCAGUAAAGCCUCAGUGUUGUGUGGAUAUUGUGAUCCGUCAUAGAGAUGUUCAGUCCUGUCACUAUGGUGUAAAAGACAAGUUCCGCCUCCAAGUUUCCGAGCAAAGCCAGAGGAAGGCUUUAGGAAGGAAAGAGGUGGUGGCUAUUCUUCUCCCAUCUGCAAAAGAACAAAAGGAAGAAGAGGAAAAAAGGAUAAAGGAACAUUUAACCGAAAGUUUAUUUUUUGAGCAGUCCUUUCAACCAGAGAAUAGAGCGGUCUCCUCUGGCCCGAGCCUGCUGACCGUCUUCCUGGGAGCGGUGUGCAUCGGUGCCCUGAUGCUUCCCACGCUGGGCGAUGUGGAGUCACUGGUGCCUGUCUGCUUGCACUUGAGUGUGAAUCAAAAAUUAGUGGCUGCUUAUAUCUUGGGUCUUAUCACAAUGGCUAUACUUAGAACAUGAGCAAGGAAUUCAGUUGACUUCUGAAGUAAACUUAUCUUGCAAAUAUGAAUGCGGACUGCCUUUUAUCUCUCUCUCACUCCAUUAACAUGCGGCAAACUAUUGAGUGAUUUACAGUAAUUGCAAAACUAUAAUAUAUAUUUUAAAUUACUCUCUAAUUUUAUUGGAAGGACUCCAGCUCAUUAUGUCACAGACAGCAAGGAUGCUUUUGAGCGACCCCUAGGAAAUUAUUUGAAGAAACUCUUUUUAUAUCUAAAGCUAUUGUGCAAAAGACUUUAAUUAAAACAUCUGCUAUUUUGUCAUCUUUUUUUUUCUUAAUUCACUUUGAUUCCUAAGGUCAUACAUCCUUCAAAGUGAAAGGCCUGAAAGAGCAAACUGACCAGCCUGAACAUUAAAUGACAUUUAUUUCCUAACUACAAACAGCAAUGUUACUAUGUAAA